GGCCAGGGUGGGCUAGGGGGCCGUUAAGAUGUGGAGCUCUGCCCGGCUGAGGGGGGCUCCGUGGAGGCAGACGCAGCGUGUGCCCGGCUGGGGGGAGUAUGGGCAGGCCUGCGGCCACGUGGUAAAGGAUGAACAUUCGGGGCACCCCGGACCUCGGGCAGCCCAGUGACGACCCCAGCAGUGGUGGCGAGCGGGAGCGGAUUCGACAGCGCAUGAAGAUGGUCAUUGGGCAGCUGGAGGACAUACUGCGGGAGCUCAAGGAGGUGGCCAAAGAGCUAAGGGAGGUGGUGAGCCAGAUCGAUAAGCUAACCUCGGACUUCGACUUCGAACUGGAGCCAGAUGACUGGACCACAGCCACCGUGAGCAGCACCUCCAGCAGCGACAAGGCGGGCGUGGGCGGCCCCUUUGACCUGGGCCACCUGGACUUUAUGACAGCUGACAUCCUCUCGGAUAGCUGGGAGUUCUGCUCCUUCCUGGACGUCUCCACCCCCUCAGACUCCGUGGACGGCCCCGAGUCGACCCGGCCGGGGGCUGGCCCUGACUACCGGCUCAUGAAUGGCGGCAUGCCCAUCCCCAACGGGCCCCGGGUGGAGACCCCGGACUCCUCCAGCGAGGAGGCCUUCAGCGCUGGCCCUGUGAAGGGCCAGCUGCCCCAGCGGACCCCGGGCACGCGGGAGAGGGUGCGGUUCAGCGACAAAGUGCUCUACCAUGCUCUGUGCUGUGACGACGAGGAGGGGGACGGCGAGGAGGAGGUGGGCCUGUCCCCGGAGCCUCCCCACACAGAGGCCCACGCGGGCCCCCUCAAGCCCUCCCCGGCUCCCUACAAGCCGAGGCGCUCUCCACUGACUGGCCGCCGCUCAGGCCCCACCUUGGCCCCCGAGCAGACCCGAAGGGUCACAAGAAACAGCAGCACCCAAACGGUGUCAGACAAGAGCACUCAGACGGUGCUGCCCUACAUGGCCACCAGACAGAAAGCCAAGGGGAAAAACUAGGGGCCGGGGAGGGAGCUGGGGGGCGGUGGGCACG